CAACAAUUCAACUGCUCAGGAACAGUACGGCAUAGUCUAUAGCAAUGAGCCUUACUAGAUGGUCUUCUACACAUUUGAUAGUACUGCUGUUUUUUGCAAUGGCUGCUAUCAUCACUAUGACAAUGUCUUCCAAUCUUAUCCGAAGCACCAUGGCAUGGGCAACCACAUCUUGCGAACCUCCCAUUCAAUACAUUCCAAAGUCAAUGAUGUCAGAAGCUGAUAUUAUUCCCAGCAUCAUUCAUCACUCAUGGAAGACUACUGAACUGCCCAAGAAAUUCUCUAUCUGGAGAGACUCAUGGCGUGACCAGCAUCCAUUCUGGGAACACAAACUAUGGACUGACGAAGAUAACUUGAAGUUAUGUACUGAAGACUUUUCAUGGUUUCUGCCCACAUACAAUAGCAUGCUUCAAAACAUCAGUCGUGCUGAUGUUGUCCGCUACAUGUACAUGUACAAGUAUGGCGGGUUUUAUGCAGAUCUAGAUGUGGAAUGCAUUAAAAACCACCGACCCCUUGCACGUUGGGGUGGUGCUAUCGUUCCUCUCAUGUCUGAUGAUUACUACUUCAACAACAAUAUUCCUAAUGCAUGGAUGGCAUCUGUUCCAAAACAUCCGUUUUGGAUGUUUCUCUUGAAAAGAAUUGCAUCUAGUCCACUUCCAAGUCGAGUAGAGGCUGUUGCUGGACCUAUGGCUCUUCGUGAAGGAUUGGUUGCGUAUAGCGCACUCUAUGGUGUUGGCUCUUCUUUUCCAAUCCAUCAUAUCGAACCAGGAGUGAUUUUCCCAUAUGACUGGCAUAAGCCAGGAAAUAAUUGGAGUACAUGUUCUGCUCAAUCUUCUCAAGCCAACUUUACUAUGUGCAAGCAGGAUUUGGAUCCAGAACAUCGUGCAUACACCAUCACAUAUUGGUCACACACAUGGGGCGAUGGCACUCAAAAGGUUGAUACAAACAUUGCUAUGGGUGAAAAUCUGUUGUAUCGUCGCAUGAAUGAGAUUUCUGUUGGCUCUGUUUAUAGAGAAAUGAGAGGUUGAGCCUUUAAUGGAAUAAAGAUUGCUUUACAUUCCU